GUUGUUUCUAGUUUCUGGCUGUUAAAAGUUGCUGUAAACACGCACAGGUUUUUGUGUGAACAUAAGUUUUUGCUUCUCUAGGGUAAAUGCCCAGGAGUGCAGUUGCUGGGUCAUGUGAUAGUUGGAUGUUGAUUUUUUUACGAAACUGCCAAACUUGUCCAGAGUGGAUAAAGGGAUUCUGAAGUCAAAAAAGUUUGGCAACCACUGCUUCAUACAAAGGCAUUUAUCAAAACUGAUAUGUGACAUAUACAAUAAGAAAAUUGUGUUGACAUCGUUAAAUAAGGAAAUUUUUCCUCAGCCUUCUGAAGAUUUAAGGGAGUGAUACCUUAUUCUUUGCUCAUUCAUAAAUCACAGGCUGUGUCAUGUUGAUUGCUUUGCAGUGCUACACAUAAACACACAAGAUUUUCUUGUAUAUAUUUGUAUAGUGACACAUUUCAGGACUCUUAGAUUUCAGGCUUGUGUAUGAACCUGAGAACUUUUUUUUCCUUAAGUACAUAGUGUGUCCUAAGAUGUGGGAAUACAAAAGAUAAAAAAGAUACUGUCUUUACCCUCAAAGAGGAGUGGAGACAGAUAAGCAAACAUGCAAUAUAGUAAUUGCUGAAAUGAAGGUUUGUGUGAAGAGCAGCAGGAGCAGAAGGGAAGGGAGGCACACCCAAAAGUAGGAGGCCAAUGUGACUUGACAGAGGAAGCAGAGUUUGACCUGAGACGAAGGAGUGAGGAGUGGGCCAGGAGGAAAUGACAGGGGAGGGUAUUCUUAGACCCUCGGCAUCAGUGAGUCAAAGGAACCACAGAUGUUUCCUGUCUAACUAUACUUUGGUGGUAACCAUGGCUCAUUAUCUUUUUCCCUGGGCUGGAUCUCUUAGGUUAGGGCUAGUGAGGACUCUUUAAAUGUGAGUCAAAAGUAACGUCAAGAGAAAUUAUCUAAAUAAUGUAUAGUUUUGGAGUAUGCAGAAUAACAGUGAAAAGCCAUAGUUCUGAGAGUCUUUGUGAUGUACUAGGAUAUUCUUAUCCCAUAAACCAGGAAGAGCAAUCAUGUUAAUUAUAACAGGAAUUAGGUGGUAAACAAUGUCUUAUAACUCCCUUCCCAUUGCAUUGGCUGUUUUUCAAGAUACUAUUAGAAAUGUGUUGUAAUAUCUUGGCCAAUUUAAUACCUUCUAUCUCUUUACUAUUCCUGGAAUAUUGUUGCACAGAUUGUGCAGUUUAUAAAGAUGUACAUUAUGCUACAUUUUAUCUUUAUAUUUUGGGAAAUGUUUGAGACAUUUAUUUAAAAACUUGUAUUUUCAUAUUUCAAACUGUGCUCAAAGAUAUUACAGAUAAUAUCUGAAAUCAAAAUUAUGUGUAAACAUGAGCAUAUCUUAUAUGUAGAUGUAGUUCUAAUCGCCUAAACUUGCCAGGGGACCCCAGCGUGAGAAGUGGUGUAAGGCGGUACAGCAGACUUGCACUCAAAGCCGAAAGAAAAAGAUCUGCCUGGGCUGGGAGUAGAGUGGUGGGAUUAGGGAUUGGAGAAGUGGAGUCAGGCUGCCUUUCUCCUUUACAAAGCUCUCACUCUGAAGCUUUUCUGAAACAACUUUGCUCUUUCCUGUAAUCACUUAAUUUACUACUGGGUUAUUUUGAAGCAAGAAAAAACAGGGUUUAUCUUCCUCCUUUCUUACUAAGUAAUUACUCAUUAUAUGGCUUUGGGCAGAUCAUAAAAUCUGUCUGAGCUUUGGUUUCUUUGUCUUUAAUGAUAGCUAACACUUAGAUUGCACCUGUGAUUUGCCAGGUACUGUUUUAAGUGCUAUGUAUCUAUCCACACUUAUUUAUUCUUCAUUUUGACCCUUUGAGGUAGGCACUCUUACUACUCCCAUUUUCCAUUUGAGAAGGAAACAGACACAGAGGAAUUGGUAAGGUAACAAGGCUUUUUUUGUAAGUGACCAAACAAGGAUUUGACCUCUCACACCAGAUCCAGGAUCUGCACUCUUAGCUAUUUAUGCUGUAUGACUUUACAGUUCUUCAAUCAAUGUUUAUAAACACAUGUUAGUGAUCCAUCCAUGAUAAUUUUCAUUUCAUGUUUGUUUUAUGGUAAUAUAGAGGUAUUUUGGGGGAGUGGAGCUAAUGCAUUUGUUAUGUGGCAUUUUGAAUGGGAACAUGUUCAUUUUCCUUAUGAAAAGAUGUGAUAAAAUGAAAAUAAUCAAAGAACUAAAAUUAUUUAGAGAUUUAGAAAAUAGCUAAAAUAUAAUAGUCUUAGGAUAAAAUAGCUAAAAUAUAAUAGUCUUAAGAUAAAAGCUUUCUUAGUCAUUAUGUGGGAGGCCAGAAUUGCAGUAUAUUUUCUUGAGGAAAAGAAAAAUUAAAGUGCUAUCACAAACAAAAAGAGCAAAAGAUGCAUGAAUUGUCCUGCUGAGUAGAAACAAGCGUCUGUGGAAAUUCUGUAUUAAAAUACCUAGCUUGAACCAGUCUAUCUGCCUGAGAUAUGUGAUGUAUUUCUUUCCUUCCUCUCACAAACCUUGCCCUGACAUUUAAAAAGUUACGAUGCUCAAAGGGUAAAGAACAAGUUCCAUGAGUUAUAAAAUACAAGGAGUGUUUCUUCUCUUGAUGUGUUGGUACUGAUAGGAGUUUAGAAUACAGGCUGGUGUUAUUGUUAUUUUAUAAUAUUAGGUAGUUUAAAAAACAUGAGUUAAUGUGAGGCCUGCUGUCCCACCUGAAUUUUCUCCAACCCCCUUCUAAUUCAGGCAAUGCUUGUUAAAUCUUUGAAACACUAAUGAUUUUCUAAUAAAUACUCCACGUAAAUAAGCUCGCAAAUUCAUAGGUCAUUGAAGGAGAAUUUUGUUAUUGAAAUACAAAUGCUAGUAGCCUCAACAUGGUGUCUUACUCUUGACUAUUCUUGUGGCUAGUACACUAAAUUCUAGAAUCCUCCUGCCCAAGUGUGCUUUCUGUGCUCCAGAUCUUUUACCCACUUCAUAUUCCCUGAAUUUGCUGUGAACCUUCAAGUUCCUGUGACUUAACUAAUAAUGCUCUUGUCUUGCCUGAGAUGCUCUUGUCCAUUUUUUCUCUCUGCCUCUUGCUUCCUGUCACAGCUCAGCAGGCCGUGUUUUUUCCCCUUUUGAAAGUAUUUCUGGCCACAAAGCCAUCUUUCUCCAUAUUCACAUAACAUCCUGUGCAUAACUUUCUUGGAGUACUUGUUACAUUGAAAUUUUAACAAUGGGUUUUCUUAACUGCCCUCUCCCUGCUUCUUCUUUAUCCAUGUUCAAUGUUUGGUACGUACUAGAGGCUCUGUACAUAUUUGCAGAAGAAAGAAUCCAGAGAGCUGCUGCUCUUGGCGUUGGUUUUUUAUCUCCUGGUGCUUCAGCAGGGGGAAGAUGGAAACCCUUCAAUGGGGGGAGCAUUCCUUGCUAGGCUUGCACUGCACUGCAUGAGGCUGCUGUGAGAGUUUUGUGUUGGAGAGGACAAACACACUCAUACAAAUUGCUGCUCUGAGUAAGCAGGACCAAAUGGAAGUGUGGAAUAAUUUGAGGUGGAAUUUAUAACACUGCUUAUCUGUUUACUUGAAUUACAGCAGAUUUUUUCCUUUAACUGGAAUAAAAUAGUAAUGUAAAACUUUAUUGAGUUUGCACAGAGGUUAUUUAUGUGUUAUGCCGAUGUGUCUUUCUAUAAUCUGUAUUAUAUAGAGAGAAUAUUCAAAUCAUACAUAUUUUGAAAUCCAUUUUUCUUACAGUGCUUAACAAAGGUCAUUUUUAUUAUCAGACUCUGAAUUAUCCUUGAGACUACAUUUCAAAGACACAAUCUGUGGUAUAGUACUAUAAAUGCAUAAAAUCAAUCAGAAGCAAAGAACCAUGACUGGGAUGACAAAUAUAAAUACAAUAAACCUCGAAUUGUAUUACUAUUAGCACAUAAUUAGAUUAAUUUUCUUUAAAACUACCACCAAGAAGUGAAGUAUUUAGAGAUUUGGAGUCAGUAAAACAAACCUAUUGUUUUUUAUGUUAUACUAUAUAAUAUAUGGUAUAUCUUUGCUUUUAAUCAUAAAUUCUUUUUUCAUCAAGAACUUGGCAGUGUAAGUCAUUCUUCUUAGCCAACUAGCAAAUUAGUUAAUUUAAUUUUUAUGACUAAUUUAUUACCUGAUCUGAACUUUUAGGUUUUUACUAAAACAUGUUAGUAAUAUUAUAUUGAUACUUUUAACCUAUCUUGAUUGAUAUUAAUUACUUUGUUUAUUUUGCUUAUCCAGAAAAAACAGACCUUGGAUUUAGUCAGAGACAUCACUGUCUAUCAAAGGAAACCAACCUUUAAGUGGAAGCCCAACAUAUAAGGAGACAGAAACUGCUUCAACUGAUUCAAAAUGGGAACGACAAGUGAUGAGAUGGUGUCUGUGGAACAGACCUCCUCCUCCUCCCUAAACCCCCUGUGUUUUGAAUGUGGCCAGCAGCAUUGGACGAGAGAAAACCACUUGUACAAUUACCAGAAUGAAGUGGAUGAUGACCUAGUCUGCCACAUUUGCCUUCAGCCUCUGCUGCAGCCACUAGAUACCCCCUGUGGACACACAUUCUGCUACAAGUGCCUCAGAAACUUCUUACAGGAGAAAGAUUUCUGUCCAUUGGACCGGAAAAGACUUCAUUUUAAGCUGUGUAAGAAAUCUAGUAUUCUAGUUCAUAAACUUCUAGACAAAUUGUUAGUUUUGUGUCCAUUUUCUUCAGUGUGCCAAGAUGUAAUGCAACGCUGUGAUCUGGAGGCACAUCUUAAAAACAGAUGUCCUGGAGCUUCUCAUCGGAGGGUUGCCCUGGAGAGAAGGAAAACUAGUAAAACUCAGACAGAGAACGAGAAUGAAAAUGGACCCACUAUACUGGAUCCUCCCGGUACUUUGUCAACAGAAACAGACUGUGCGGGCACAGGCACAGUGCCUCCCGAGCGCCACUUGACAUCAGCCUCUCUUCCCUCAUGGACUGAGGAGCCUGGCCUUGACAACCCUGCCUUCGAGGAGAAUGCUGGAGCCGACACUACACAACAACCACUUAGUUUACCAGAAGGAGAAAUCACCACUAUUGAAAUUCAUCGGUCCAAUCCUUACAUUCAGUUAGGAAUCAGCAUUGUGGGUGGCAAUGAGACGCCACUGAUUAACAUUGUUAUCCAGGAAGUCUAUCGGGAUGGGGUCAUCGCCAGAGAUGGGAGGCUCCUCGCUGGAGACCAGAUUCUUCAGGUCAACAACUAUGAUAUCAGCAAUGUGUCCCAUAACUAUGCCAGAGCUGUUCUUUCCCAGCCCUGCAACACACUGCAUCUCACUGUGCUUCGAGAGCGGCGCUUUGGCAACCGGGCAUACAACCAUUGUGAUGGUAGCUCUCCGCGAGAAGAGAUCUUCCACGUGGUUCUUCAUAAACGGGAUUCUGGUGAACAGCUUGGCAUUAAAUUAGUCCGAAGGACAGAUGAGCCAGGUGUUUUUAUUCUUGACCUGUUGGAAGGAGGGCUGGCUGCCCAGGACGGGAGGCUCAACAGCAAUGACCGAGUGCUGGCCAUCAACGGGCAUGACCUGAAGCAUGGAACGCCGGAGCUGGCUGCCCAGAUUAUCCAGGCCAGUGGAGAAAGGGUGAAUUUAGCAAUUGCCAGACCAGGGAAACCCCAGCCUACUAAUACCAUUCGAGAAGGGGGAACUCACAGCAGCAGCCAGCACCAUGCACAGCCGCUGUACCACAGCAGACCGAGCUCACACAAGGAUCUUACUCAGUGUGUUACAUGCCAAGAAAAACACAUUACUGUAAAGAAAGAACCACACGAGUCCCUUGGAAUGACGGUUGCUGGGGGUAGAGGCAGUAAGAGUGGGGAACUGCCCAUCUUUGUGACCAGCGUGCCACCCCAUGGCUGCCUCGCCCGGGAUGGCAGAAUCAAGAGAGGUGAUGUGCUGCUGAAUAUCAAUGGCAUUGAUCUGACCAAUUUAAGCCACAGCGAGGCUGUGGCCGUGCUGAAAGCCAGCGCUGCCUCCCCUGCUGUUGCCCUUAAAGCACUCGAGGUCCAGAUUGUGGAGGAGGUGACUCAGACCACAGAAGAGCAGCCAAGUACUUUCAGCGAAAACGAGUAUGAUGCUAGCUGGUCCCCAUCGUGGGUCAUGUGGCUUGGGCUCCCAAGUGCCCUUCAUAGCUGCCAUGAUAUAGUUUUACGAAGAAGCUACUUGGGAAGUUGGGGCUUUAGUAUUGUUGGUGGCUAUGAAGAGAACCACACCAAUCAGCCUUUCUUCAUUAAAACUAUUGUCUUAGGAACUCCUGCUUAUUAUGAUGGAAGAUUAAAGUGUGGAGACAUGAUCGUGGCUGUAAAUGGCCUGUCAACUGUGGGCAUGAGCCAUUCCGCAUUAGUUCCCAUGUUGAAGGAGCAGAGGAACAAAGUCACCCUGACAGUUAUUUGUUGGCCUGGCAGCCUUGUGUAGAUUUUUGGAAUUGGUUUUGAGUCUUGCGUCUUCCUUUUUUUUUUAGGUUUGUGAAAGAAACCCCUUUUAUUUCAUUGUGUUUCUGGUUGUUAGGAGCUGCUGACACAGCUGGUAUACAUGGGCCAAAAACCACUAAGAUUAUCCGUGUAUGUUUAUUUAAAUGUUUUCCUAAAUUUAGUUAACAUUUCUUUUAGCUUGGAAAUAGUCUUCCACUAACCCUUAUGAGUUUAUAUUUUCAGAAUUCAGACUCACAGUUGUCAAACUAUUGCAUGUAGUAAUGAGCGAAGUCCACCCAAACUGUGACCCAGCCAGCUGGAGUAGGGAACUUCUGGCGGAUCUUUGUUUCAAUGCCUGAAUCGUAGAAUGAGUUAUGUAUCUCCCAAGACUGGUGUCAGUGAAGCCGGCAACAGCAGCCUGUACCGCCAUUGUUGUAACCAAUGCCGUGAGUGGAUACAUUUUAAAUUCAGGUGAUAAACGUUCCCCAUUUUUCAUCGGUGCCAACAUUUCAACACUUCAUCCUGUUUAUAAAGUGAUUUUCUGGUUUGUUUUAUUUAUACUCUAAUCUCUCAAUACUAAUAGAAGAUGAAGAAGUAAGUCUGACACCACUACAGAGAUGCUUUUUAAAAUAAUGUACUAUUAUUAGAAUAGUAGAGAAUAAAAGAUACUGUUAUCUAGUGACAGAGGAAUUUGGACAGUAAUUACAGUUUAGUGCUGGAGAUGGUAAAAGCUGCAUUUACUUGAACAGUUCAAAAGCAUUAAAGAUCCAUUUCCAAAGGAAUGUUUUGCUAUAUAGGAAAAUUUUGAAGUAAUUUUUGCUAAAAAUCAUUUCUAGAGUUUGUAUUAUACUUAUCAGCAAUCUUGGCUGGAAAUGUUUUUGUGAUUUAUGCAAUUAAACUAGAUGAUAAAGAUAAAACCAUAUUGCUAUUAAAUACACAAAUAUAUAUCACAGCUAAGUAGGACAGGGGAGAUCUUUUUAUUUUAUUCAGAUAGGAGUCUUUCUUGAAUGUUUUAGGAACCCUCAUAUUUCCCAUUAUUUCUUAGGAACAUAAUUGUUUCAAGUUAGAGACUGAAAAGUUCUGUUUUUAUCUAAAAUAGUAGGUUUUAGAUGUUAGUAUCUUUUAAUCAGCUCUUGGUCACUAGACUAUUUCAUAUUUUUUUGAAAUGUUUUUGAAAACUAUGACUAGCCCAUUUUGUUUGUCCUCAAUUCAACAUGGUUAUCUUUUGGAAAACACAUAAGUGAAUAAGAGAAAAAUAUCUUUACCGUAUUAAUAUUAUGCAUACUUGAAAAAAGUUUCAUUUAGAAACCUAGUUCAGAAUCUGAGCUAAUUUACAAGUGACCUCUGUAAUAAAUGGUAUUGAUAAUCAGAGAAUGUAUUUCAAAAUACUACAGUACAGUAUAUUAUGAAGCAUGACCACUUUCAAGCUUAGCAAUUGCAUUGCUGGAGUUUAUUGUAUCUGUAGCAUGUCACUGAUUACUUCAGUUCCUUUUGUAAUGAGUUUUUAAAACAUAUCUCUUUAGAAUAAGUAAGAUAUGGCAACAAUAAUUGCUAUUGACUUGUUCAACCCCUUAGCUACACUGUAUGUUCAACAUAUAACCAAGAUACAGUGGAAUGCCCCAUACAGUACAUUACUGUUAUGUGACGGUCGGCUUUGGAAGCAAUUUGAUAUUUAAAUGCUUUGAUAUUCUAAUUGACAUGGAACAAGUUGUUUUCUGCUCCCCAAAUAGAAUUUUGUAACCAACUUUGCUAUUUUUUUAAAGUUUGUAAGGAUGUGUCAUUUCUUGGGGGGGGUAGCCAUCCAUCAGCAAAUAUCCUAACUGCUACUUUGUUGCAUGUAAAAUACUUACAUUGAACCCAGUGGCAUAGUGAGUAUUUUGAAAGAAGAAAAUUUUUUCAAUAUUAUUUUUAUCAUGAAAAUCUUGGAAUCAGCUUCAGCUGUAGCCUUUAUGACAAAAGACUGUCAUUUCUGGUCAGAAUGAUAUUUGGUGAUGGAAACUUGUUCAUAAUUUAUUGUUACUGUAGAACUAUUUGGAUUUUCUCAUUUUAAGCUCUGAUAGUUAAAUAUCUUGAUUUGUUCUGUGCCUUCAGUUUAAAUUAUUUCAGGAUUUUCCAGACGUGUUUAAAUAAUGGUGUCAUAAUAAUUCAGGAUGGAAAUAAAAGUCCUCCUUUC